CGUGUUUUUGCCAGCCACGUGACAAUUCCUUGUAAUUCGGCUACUGACCGCCACGUGGCAGCACGUGGAUCGGUGGCAAGAAGUUGACAAUACACUGGCGCCACGUGGCAACACGUGGUUUGGAGGCUGUGAGAGGUCAGCUAUACAGCAUGAGUGCCACGUGGCAACUCGUGGUCGGAUCGGUAGCGGCGAUCACGACCACGUGGCCAUGGCGCUUGUCACCCGUUUCAGCCGACCUGUCAGUUCGUCCCAGCGUUAUACCGUCCUCCACGUGGACACGUCAGCCAUGUUCUAUUAAUAGCCACGUGCCGGCCAUGGCGCGAUCACAUCCCAGCGUUAUGCCGUCCGCCACGUGGAGACGUCAGCCACGUUCUAUUUAUAGCCACGUGCUGGCCAUGUCGCGAUCCAGGCCGUUAUCCAGAAGUUCGUUUGUUCGUCCUUCGACGAUCGCUUCUCGUUACAGCCCGACACGUGGCGACCGGGAUGGCUUGCCACAUGGCGACCCGUUGUCGUUUAUGCGACUACGCUGUGCCGCGUCAGAAGAGUUCAAUUCUGAACAAGGCUCGUUUGCCGGUCACAGGCGUGAGAGGGAAGAGGAGAAGGAGGAGGAGGAGGAGGAGGAGGAGGAGGAGGAAGAGGGGGAGGAGGAGGUGAAGAGGAAAGACGAAGAGGAAGAGGGGAAGCAGCGAGGAGGGGAGGAGGGGGAAAAGGGGGGAAAGAGCAGUCUGUACUUGGUUUCUCGUAGUGAUGGUUCGACUGAAAGACAAACUGCGAGCAGCAGCUUGAGUGCUCGAUCUUCGACCAGAUUCAAUGGUUCAGCCUUUUCGAAAGCAACAAGAGGAGUGAGCGAGACUGCUGCCGCCAUCGCUGACGCGAUGCUGAGCACCAAGAAGAGUCACUGUGAUGGAGAAUGGGAGAGAGAGAGAGAUGGUGAUUGUCUUUUGCAAGAGAACGCUGCAAUUGCUCGACAGCAGGCGGAGGAGAAAGAGGAGAAAGAGGACGGGGAGGAGGAGGAGGAGGGGGAGGAGGGGAAAAAGAAGAGAGAGAUGAGGAAGGAGACGCGCGCACAUGAGAGGGAGAUCGAGGCUGUACAGCUUCCGGCUAUGGCGACCAUGGGGCGAAGCAGAAGCAGAAGCAGAGGAGGAGGGAAUGACAACGAAAAGGGGAAGAAGACAGAGAGGGAAUCGACGAACAGAAGGAACGGCGAUGACGGCACGCAGCGGACGGAAGGACAACGACGAGUGCGAAAAGAUGAUGUAAUAGAUGGACAUGGAAACGGAUUCUCUAACAACGGGAGUGAUCGCUUGCUUCUCAAGAAUAAGAACAAGAUUUCGACAGAACCGUUGAUUAUGAAGGAACUUUGGAGGCCGAAGGUGGCGUCCAGUCGUGGUCCAGGGGGCAAGCGACGGACAUCGUCGGCCUUCAAUGUCGUUGACGUCCUCCAAUGGCCUCUGACAUUUACCGUUGGCAGCGGGGCGCGUCGUCGAUUGCAGCCGGCUGUUUUGGGGGUCCAUCGUGUUCUGACGGGGUCUCCAACGGUCGGGUAUAUGACAUUUUUAGGCGUGCUGGCAGCCGCUCGCCGACAGUGAUCUCCUUGGAGUGUGUGUUUCGGACUGCCGUGCGUCGCCGAUGUCUGCACAAGCGAAAAGAGAUGUGCCUGCAGAGUGU